CAGGAGUCACGGGACAAAAACAGGAAGUACCACCGAGCGAAGCCGCUGCCGUGAAUAUGCGAGGAACCCAGCGAACAAAAUAAGUAGAGACACCUACAAUCAGAGUAUUGAUGUUAAAGCUCCAGACCUCUGUGACAAGCCAGUGAUAUCACAAUGGAGAGAGCUGUGACAGCCGUCACUUUGUUGGUUCUUUUCGUGGCUUCGCAGCAGAUAAACUGCCAAGAAGCGAUUCUGCACGUUUCAAAUGGAAUUACAGAUAGAGAGUACUGCAUCGUCUACAAUCACUCCUGGACCCCACUGCAACAAACCCUCGAGGCUGCUACCCAGUUUCCGCUGGUGAAUUUGAUGUCCACUAUGCUAUGUAACGGCUCAGGGGUCAGUCCAGAUGUGGUUCAGGGCAAAGCAGUAGUGGUGAUGAGGGGGGACUGUAAUUUCAGCCAGAAAGCUCUGAUUGCCCAGAGCCUCGGAGCUACCACUUUGCUAAUUGCCAGCAACAAAACAUUGAUCACUCCAUCAGCCAAUGAAUCUGAGUACACAAAGGUUCACAUUCCUCUGGCUCUCAUGAGGUACAGGGAUUUUCUGGAUGCACAGCAGGUGAUUGGUGACGGGAUGACGGUGAAGCUGUAUGCUCCAGCUCCCUCCAAGAUUGAUGCAAGCAUAGCAGUCAUCCUACUGAUAGCCAUUGUCACAGUUGCCUUGGGCGGCUACUGGAGUGGGGCAUGUGAGAGAGAUCGCUUGAAUAGUGGUACACCGUUGGAAGUAGGAGGAGAAAGCAAAGCAGACAGCGGAGAGCUUUCCCUGUACUCUCCUCUCAAAGUGGUUAUCUUUGUCGCCAUGAUGUGUGGGAUGCUGGUCCUCAUGUACUUCUUCUACAAUGUCCUUGUUUACAUCAUUAUUGCAAUAUUCUGCCUUGCAUGUGCCUCUGCACUGUUCAGCUGUCUCGAUGCAGUGAUGGAAAAAAUUGGCUGUGGCACUGUGAGCUUCUCUAUCCGAAACUGGAACUUCUCAGUGAGGUCUCUCAUACUGGCUGCUGUGUGCAUUAGCAUUGCUGUGUUCUGGGGAGUCUACAGAAAUGAAGACAGGUGGAUCUGGAUCUUGCAGGACCUCCUCGGCGUUGCUUUCUGCCUCAACUUCAUGAAGACAAUUUCUCUAUCCAAUUUCAAGAUCUGUGUUAUUCUGCUGAGCCUCCUGCUUGUGUAUGACGUCUUCUUCGUUUUCAUUACUCCUUUCUUCACCAAGAAUGGUGUUAGCAUCAUGGUGCAGGUUGCACUGGGCCCAGAUGCAUCUGGGGAGAAGACGCAAGGUAACAUGGUGGAGAUCCCCGCUGAACCCCAGGCUCCCUCUGAGAAACUGCCAGUGGUGAUGCGUGUCCCACGGUUCUCAGCCUGGGCUCAGAACUUGUGUGGGAUGCAGUUCUCCAUCCUGGGUUACGGAGACAUCAUUGUUCCAGGUCUGCUGGUGGCCUACUGCAGCCGGUUUGAUGUUUGGAUCAACAGUACUAAGAAGAUCUACUUUGUCAGCUGCUGCAUAGCCUAUCUGCUCGGAAUGAUCCUGACCUUUGUCGUCAUGCUGCUGUCAGGGAUGGGUCAGCCUGCCCUCCUCUACCUGGUGCCCUUCACCCUGAUCACCUCCGCUGUGGUGGCUGGGUGCCGGGGAGAGAUGAAGCACUUCUGGGCAGGGACCACUUAUGAGGUCUUGGACUCCAGGGAACCAUUGUUGCCAGGUGUGCUUCCCUCUAACCCAGAUCUCUCCCCUGCAUCUCUCUAGCCAUUUUAAAUUGUUGGUUUUACCACUGUGCCUUUUCUCAUCUUUCCUGUUUCUUUUCAUCCCCUUUUUUCUUUUCUUUACACAUUUUAACUCCUCAUUUCCAGGGUCAGUGUGAUCAAAUAAAAAAAACUGUAUUGUAUUUUGCAUCAGCUGACCACUAGGUGUCUCUCGUUGAUUGAAAAUAACUCGUCAGCCACACUCCAAAUGGCCUCGGCCAUGCAAAACCAUUAACCUAAUUUUUUUAUUCCUGCAUCUUGUAGUAUUUGCAGCUUGUUUCAUCAUUCUCUUUUGAUUAAUAUUCUUACCACUUCAUCCCUUAUGCAGUUACCAGCAUUUUUACGUUGUCCUCUGCAUGUUGUCGCAUGCAGUUAAGCUGAUGGCAUGGAGUUUGGUGUAUGCGGUCUCUGUGGUUUACUGUUGUAUAUGCAGUCUGUAAAAUCAAAAUUCCCUGAACUGAAAUUCAACUGACGAAUAAUUAACUUUUUUCUUUGUGU